AUGGCGGAAACCUCAGCAGGUGGACGGAAAGGAUCGGCGGCGAGGCACAACUGCUCCGCGAAUGGAACAGAGAGGUUUGAGUGGGGGGAUAGUGAAGGAAUCCUGCUGUCUACGGCAGAUAAAGGUAGACCAUGCCAGUAUGGAUGGACAGAUUUUGAAACCCGAUGCUACAAGUUCUUCUCUCAGUCGGCUACAUGGAUUGAAGCAGAGAGAAAAUGUAUUGCUCUGAAUGCACAUCUUGCAUCUGUGAACAAAGAAGAAGAAAACUCUUUUCUGCUGGGUCUGUUGCCUUCUCCUACUACACUAUGUUGGAUUGGUGUUCAAGAUGCUGUGGAAGAAGAAGAGUGGUUGUGGAGUGAUGGAACUAAUUAUGACUACAACAACUGGUGCACUGGUGAACCUAACAAUCUGAAUGUUGAGAACUGUGGAGAGAUCAACUGGACCUCUGACAAAUGCUGGAAUGAUUCGCCCUGUACAAACACAAAGGGCUAUAUCUGUGCUAGAUGAUCAGAGAUGGACUGCCCCGUUGUUCCACCGUAACUUUGUACUACAUCAAAAGUUUCUGAAUUUCUUGACAAAACAUCCUCCACUUUAAUUUCUUAAUACUGAAUUAUUCAAUAAAAUCAUUGAAACAAA